UGUCCUGGAGACGACCACCAACUCACCCAGCAGUCCAACUGGGAUUUCGUCCGAUUUCGAUUCGAGAAACAUUCAUUAUUGCCUCCUUCCACAUCUCGCGUUCACCCAAUGGCGCAUGAGCAGCAGCAUGCGCACUAUGCAACGCAGCCUGUCAAUUUCGGCGACUCGCAGGAUGACUUUUUCCAGAAAGGCAGCGCGAAUGUCAUGUCCAACGACGAUGGAAGGAAAACCUACAACGACAAGUCGAGCAUCAUGACUGGAUGGACGAGCGGGAUCACUGUGCCCUAUCAGGAGCCGCGAGACGAAAAUGGUCAGAGCUACGCUCAGGCCAUUGCGAGUGAAUACAGCGCACGAGGGUCUCAGAUAGAUCCCCCACCGAUGCCAGAACCUUAUGAUGCUCAGAGAAGACCGCCAUCAGACAAUAUGGGUACUAAAGCCGAGAAUAGAAAAAGUGCCGGAUGGGAGUCUACCGGGUUGUCCUACGUCGAUGAGAACUUUCGAUACUACUCUACCCGGGGUACUCCUACUCCCCACAGCCAGCAGCUUCGUGGAGACAGCCCGACUGACGCUCACGACGCCCCACUUGUGACCAACGCCGCCAGUAUGGACG